UAUCGAAGUUGUAGCGAAAGACAGAACGGAUCGAUUUUUUAAAGAUCCGUUUGAGUUCUAGGAGGUUAUUAUUAUUAUUUUUUUUCUUUUGUACAUUUCAUCCCAAUACCGAAAGUCCGUUUCUCAUAGUAGUAUAGUUUGAAUUGUAUGUGUAGUUAUAUCUUCUUCUUAGUCUGCUUCUCAUUUUCAAUUUUCUUGAAUAUAGUUUCUCUACAAAGAAUCCAAUUUCACGGAUUCUCACGAUUCAGGGAUCAUAUUAUUCAUAAUCAUCCACAUCGCUCCUCGCUGUUUUUCCCUUUUUUCAUUUUUUUUUUUUUUUCUCCUCCUCGUUGUCCGAUUCGAAGUUUUCGGCCUCCCCAGUAUUUCUAAGGUCUGAGUUUCAUUCUUUUAAGUUGGUUUUCUUAUAUUUUCCGAUGGAGGCGCUUCUCUUGCCGGACCAAUCCAUUUCUACAUACAACCGGAUUGGAAAUCGGUAUAAGAAUGUGAAUAAUAUCAGUUCCCGCAGUCCUGGAUUGGGUCCUGGAAAUAGCAAUCCAGCAUACCUUCUCAACAACAUCAAUGGAAGUCUUUUCAGACUCCCAUCUUCUCUUUCUUCUACUUUCUCUUCUUUUCAUUCGCUCCAACCUCCUCUCCUUCCUCUCCCUUUGGCAAAAAGUCCUUCUCUCCCUUCAAGAAACCAAGGCCUUUCCUGUCCUUCAACGAAGCAUUGGAAAAUCAACAAAACCAAAGAUCAAGAACUUGCACCCAAGAAAGCAAAACCAACCCCUAAGAAGGAUUCUUCUCGGUCAGCAAUGAAGUCAUUCAUGAUCGCAUCAACCAAUCGUAUAGGGCCCGACCCAAGUGAUCUUCCGAAGCAAGCACCAAAGGUUCUAAAAUCUACUUCUCUGAAAGUCCAAUCACUUGAUAGGUUGGAUUAUUCGGGUUUGAUUUUCUCCCUUGCUCCCCCUCCCAGCAGUCUCCCGCUGCCAAAAUUUUUUCUAAGGCCAAAAACCGGGUGCAAUGCAGAAGCUGAAGGAAUCGAUGCUGGUGCAACCGAUGACCUUAGACGUCUACUUCGUCUCCCAUAACAUGUACUGAUGGGAUGGAUCCUCAUGGCUUUUCCCUCGUUAAUCAGUUUUCGCAAGUGAUGAUGGUUUGGGUUUGUAUGAUGGAGAAGGUGGUGAAAGACUGUUUAGUUAGAUAAUGGUGUGGGUGCAACUAAUAACCUUUUGAUUCUCGCCUUCGUCUCCAACGAAUCUUUUUCAAAAAUGGCUUCCAAUUUGUCGUUCAUCCGUCUACUUGAUCUUUUUUCUAUUAGGUGAUAAUGAUGGUUUUGUUGUGCAGUGAAAGGAUGAUGUGAAGAAGAUACAGAUGUUGCGAAAUGUUGUGUAGGUAGGCUUGUCGUGAUCACCUUGUAUUUUUUCAGAGAGGUGGAAAAAAAAAAAAAACUAUAUUUCUAUUUUUUUAGAGAGUUGAAAUAUUGUCAUGAAAUAUUAUUAUUAGUGUUAAUGUAUUUGUCUAUUAGGUUUGAAUGGUCCAAUGUUUUUUUUUCCCUUCUAUUUAGAUGAUGAGAGUGAAGGUUAGGCUGUUUUGUAUUGGUGUGUGUAGCUUGGUAAUUGUUGCAAUAAAGUGUUUUUAAUGAUCA